UUCCUUUGUUUACCGUUUAAUUUUUGGUUUGGUCUUGUUCUCUUAUCUUUCUUCUUUCUGAAAAAAACCUGAUCACAUUGUAUUUCUGGCAGCUAUGAGAGGGCAUUCGCUGCUGCCUGUUAGUUUUGCCUCAGUUCUCCUUGCCUCCAUUCAAAAUCAUUUGUCCGUUACAGAGCAUUGCAAUACAUAUAUUCAUAUACUUUUUGAAAGUAUUAAAAUUAUAUUUAGUACGCCGUUUCCCUCUCUCUUGAAGCCCCGACUUGUGCAAAGCAUGUGAGGCACUUGGUUCUGCAGUACUGAAAAGCAGGUCUCCACUUUUACCAUUUCUCCAGUUAAACUUUAUUUACCUGUACUGAGCUGCAGGCAAUUUCUUAGCAGGCUUUUCUGUGUGUUUGCACAUGCUGUUCCUUUGUAGCGUGUCCUCGACGUGAACUUUGCUACCAAUAACUAAGCAGCUGGUUCUGGAUUCUAAUUUAAGGUUUGCCAAAUGAUCCCAAGAAUAUGCUGUUCAAGGGACAUUUUACAUUUCUAUUUAAUACUAGCUGCCAUUUCCUGAAUGCCAUCUAUGUAUGCAUGUUAGAUAUGUUAUCACUAAUCCUCACGGCAAUUCUACAAGCAUAUCAGAAUUAUCUUUAGGUUCAACUCUUCAUGCCAUCAGUCUUCAUUGCAAUAACAUCUCCAAGAUCGAAGCCAUUGAUCAUAUUUGGAAUUUACGACAUCUAGAUCUGUCAUCUAAUCAAAUAAGUCAAAUUGAAGGGCUAAACACACUGACAAAACUUUGCACAUUAAAUUUGUCCUGCAAUUUGAUUACAAAAAUAGAAGGACUUGAAGAACUAAUUAAUCUUGCUAGACUAAAUUUAUCUUAUAACCAAAUAAAUGAUCUUAGUGGGUUGAUACCCCUUCAUGGAAUUAAGCAUAAACUUAGGUAUAUUGAUCUACAUAGUAAUUGUAUAGAUAGUAUCCAUCACUUACUUCGGUGUACGGUAGGAUUACACUUCCUGACCAAUCUUAUUUUGGAGAAAGAUGGAGAUGAUAAUCCUGUCUGUCGACUACCAGGGUACAGAGCAAUUAUUCUCCAGACUUUGCCACAACUUAGAAUUCUAGAUGGCAAGAACAUAUUUGGUGAACCAGUAAAUCUGACAGAAAUAAAUUCAUCACAGAUGCAGUGCCUAGAAGGUCUUUUGGAUAAUUUAGUUUCUUCUGAAUCUCCCAUAAAUAUAAGUGAAGAUGAGAUCAUUGGUAGAAUGCCAGUGGUAACAGCACCCAUCGAUGAGUUAGCACCCUUGGAAGAGUUUGCAAGUACACCAAGAGAUGCUGCCUUGACAUCUUUAAUAUCUGUGUGUCCAUCUUCAGAGACAGAGAAAAUUCAUCAUGAAAGCAACUUGCAGAACGAGAUAAAACUUCAGAAGUUAGAUGAUCAGAUUUUACAACUUCGAAAUGAAACUUCUAAUUCAACAGAUAAUGUUCCUGAGAAAGACCCCAGACCAAAAAGAGACACAGAUAUAACUUCUGAAAGUGACUAUGGAAACAGAAAAGAAUGCAAUAGAAAAGUUCCUCGAAGAUCAAAAAUCCCAUAUUAUCCCAAAACUAUUCAAACUAUUAAGCACCACAAUAAAAACUACAACUCUUUUGUAAGUUGUAAUCGUAAAAUGAAACCACCUUACCUUAAAGAAUUAUAUGUAAGCUCAUCUUUAGCGAACUGUCAUAUGUUACAAGAAUCAGAAAAGCCGAAGACUGAAAUAAUUAAAGUAGAAAAAAGUACCUCAGAAGACAACACUUACCGGUCCCUUAUUGAACAGCUAGACCAAGAGAGAGAGAAGAGAUGGAGAGCUGAGCAGGCUGAAAAGAAACUCAUGGAUUAUAUUGAUGAGCUCCAUAAACAUGCAAAUAAAAAAGACGAUAUGCAUAGUCUGGCUCUGCUUACCACAGAUAGGCUAAAGGAAAUUAUUUUUAAAGAGAGAAAUUCCAAAGGACAACUCGAAGUUAUGGUUCACAAACUUCAAAAUGAAAUUAAAAAACUGACUAUUGAACUAAUGAAAGCAAAAGAUCAACAAGAGGAUCAUCUUAAACACCUAGGAACCCUGGAAAAAACAUUAGAAGAAAUGGAGAGACAAAAAAGGCAGCAGCAGGUGGCACAGAUAAAACUGAUCCAAGAGGUAGAACUCAAAGCUUCAGCUGCCGAUAAAGAAAUAUACUUACUUAGAACUUCCCUUCAUCAAGAAAGGGAACAAGUGCAACAACUUCAUGAACUUCUUGCAUUGAAAGAGCAGGAGCACAGGAAAGAACUUGAAACAAGGAAAUUUGUUACUGAUACUGAGUUCCAGGAUGCCUUAGCUAAAGAAAUGGCCAAAGAAGAUAAAAAGCAUGAGCAAGUGAUAAAUGAAUACCAAGAGAAAAUUGAUGUGUUAAACCAGCAGUAUAUGGACUUAGAAAAUGAAUUCCGUGUUGCUUUAACUGUUGAAGCCAGAAGAUUUCAAGAUGUUAAAGAUGGUUUUGAAAAUGUUGCAACUGAGUUAGCAAAGAGCAAACAUGCUCUUAUUUGGGCUCAACGAAAAGAAAAUGAGUCUUCCUCUUUAAUUAAAGAUUUGACCUGUAUGGUGAAGGAACAAAAAACAAAACUCGCAGAAGUUUCUAAAUUGAAACAAGAAACAGCAGCAAAUUUACAGAAUCAAAUCAACACCCUUGAAAUUUUAAUUGAAGAUGACAAGGAGAAGAGUAUUCAAAUAGAACUUCUCAAGCAUGAAAAAGUCCAGCUUAUUUCUGAGCUAGCAGCAAAGGAUUCACUAAUACUUGGUUUAAGGACAGAAAGAAAAGUAUGGGGACAUGAACUGGCAAAACAGGGAUCUUCUCUAGCUCAAAAUCGUGGAAAAUUGGAGGCUCAAAUUGAAAGUUUAUCGAGAGAGAAUGAAUGUCUGCGAAAGACAAAUGAAAGUGAUAGUGAUGCAUUAAGAAUAAAGUGCAAAAUCAUAGAAGACCAAACUGAAACUAUUAGAAAAUUAAAAGACUGCUUACAAGAAAAAGAUGAACACAUCAAAAGAUUACAAGAAAAGAUCACAGAAAUAGAAAAGUGCACUCAAGAACAACUUGACGAAAAAUCCGCACAAUUGGAUGAGGUACUUGAGAAGUUGGAAAGGCACAAUGAAAGAAAAGAAAAACUAAAACAACAGUUGAAAGGAAAGGAAGUAGAACUUGAAGAAAUUAGAAAAGCUUACAGUACACUGAAUCAGAAAUGGCAUGAUAAAGGAGAACUUCUAUGUCAUCUUGAAACACAAGUAAAAGAAGUGAAAGAAAAAUUUGAAAACAAGGAAAAGAAACUUAAAGCGGAAAGAGACAAAAGUAUUGAACUACAAAAGAAUGCAAUGGAAAAGCUUCAUAGUAUGGAUGAUGCCUUUAAAAAACAAGUUGAUGCAAUUGUUGAAGCUCAUCAAGCUGAAAUAGCACAUCUGGCAAAUGAAAAGCAGAAGUGUAUUGAUUCUGCAAAUUUAAAGAUUCAUCAGAUUGAAGAAGAAAUGCGUGAACUUUUGGAAGAAACAUGCAAGAAUAAAAAAACAAUGGAAGCAAAAAUUAAGCAGCUUGCUUUUGCUUUAAAUGAAAUUCAGCAAGAUAUGUGAUGCUUCUGAGAAUGAAUUUAAUUGAAAUUGACCAGCACACCUAUUGUAAAAAUGAUUAAAUACUGUAAUAGUAGUAACUGCUAUGACUUUGAAAUGUCUCUUUCUACAUGUUUCAUUAUGAAUAUAUAUAUAUUUUUUAAGACUUUUGAUCAAAUAUUUAUUAAUUGUAUAUGUAGGUUUUUUAUAAUAAAUUGUUGACAAUUAUGUCAAUUAGAAAAAACUAUCAUAACUAAACUUACAACAUUUUUAUUGUUUCUGUACUAUACAUUGUUUGGUAAUUACACAUUUGCCUAGAGAUUUGUAAUGAAAAGAUUAGUAUUUUGACUCUAUGAGGGAAAAUAUUUUUUUUUCUUUUGAGACAGAGUUUCACUCUUGUUACCCAGGCUGGAGUGCAAUGGCGCGAUCUCGGCUCAUCGCAACCUCCGCCUCCUGGGUUCAGGCAAUUCUCCUGCCUCAGCCUCCUGAGUAGCUGGGAUUACAGGCACGCACCACCGUGCCCAGCUAAUUUUUUGUAUUUUUAGUAGAGACGGGGUUUCACCAUGUUGACCAGGAUGGUCUUGAUCUCUUGACCUCGUGAUUCACCGGCCUCGGCCUCCCAAAGUGCUGGAAUUACAGGCGUGAGCCACCGCACCUGGCCGAGGGAAAAUAUUUUAAUCGUUGUUGCCUUAUCGUGAUGAUGAAGAACUAAUUAUAUUUUUUUGUUGUCAUUUAGUUAAUGUAGCUCAAUUCUUUUAAAGUGCUUAUCUAGCCAAAAAGCAUUUGAAAUCUUUAUGAUAAAAGAUGUGGCAUUCUUAAGAAACUGUAUGUAGCCAUCUCCACAUCACUCAUUAUGACCCUUUUUUUAAUAAUGCAUAUGACUUUUCGUUAAAAAUUACAUUUAAGCUUUUAUAA